GUUUGUGUGAUUUGUUUACUUUACUGAACUUUGCACGUUUGUUUCCCUGAGACAAAAACUGAACACUGAAAUGUCAUCAGUGAAACAAGAAGUUUCAGAGCUCUCUAUACCGGUCCCAUGGGGAGAGAUCAGAGGCAAAGCCUGGGGUCCUGAACACGGCCACCCGGUGCUGUGCCUGCAUGGCUGGGCAGAUAACUGCGGUUCAUUCAACACGCUCAUUCCCUUCUUACCUAAAGAGUGCAGAUAUGUGGCAGUGGACAUGCCAGGACACGGUCUGUCAUCUCACCGGCCUCCUGGAGUCUUCUAUUCAUUUCCUGCGUAUGCAGCAGACGUACGCAGAGUUGCUGAAAGUCUCAGCUGGACAAAGUUCUCCAUCAUGGGUCACAGCAUGGGUGGCAACAUCACCGUCAUGUUCAGCGCAUUGUAUCCUGAGAUGGUGGAUGGCAUCAUAGUGCUGGACGUUUUUGGAUUUGUACCUACAGAUCCGAAAGAAAUUCCCCGAAUCAUGAGGCAGGGGAUGGAGGAGAUGCUCAAGUUUGAAAAAAAGGCAGAAGAGAAGAAGAGGGUUUACACGUACGAGAAGGCAGUGGAGAGGCUGUUGGCUGCAAACCCGACUCUGUCUGAACGGUCUAUUCAAACGCUUUUAGAGCGAGGCCUGACUCGAGUUGAAGGAGGAUUUGUGUUCUCCAGAGACCUCCGAGUUAAUUUUAAAAACAUAGAGCGGAUCACUUUGGAGCAGAGCCUGGAGAUGCAGUCACUGAUUCAAGCUCCUGUUUUACUUAUCCUAGCUGACAAAGGUUUCAGUCCAGCAUCUAGAGAAUCGAGCCAGAAACUCACUUCGAAACUCCUCCAAGUCUAUCAGGAAAGAAAUAGCCACAGGAAGCCACCGGGGACGGGCAGAAGAACUGCAUGCGGCUCUGAGCUGCUGGACCAAGACGCCCGAGCUCAAAGCAAGACCGCAAAGGACCUUAAAAUAAAAUAACAUCCUGAAACAUCAAAAUACUUAAAAACAUGGAGGCAGUAUUUAUUUCAGAUGCAAACAACAAAAUGUCAGGGUGCAACUAAUGAUCCUUGUGUCAUAUUUACAAAUGUUUUUCUUGGUUUUAUUGCUAUAUUAGAAAAAAUAAGAAACUGACUGUAACUGAUAUGAAGCACUGGGUCCUGCAGACAAACGGUUUGAUUAAAAAUGACAGCAGGCUGAUCUGUAUGAGAAACAAUCAUUUUCUGCUUUCAAAGAGCAGAUGCUCUAUCGCUGUGUAAUUGGAAUCCAGCUAAUUGGAUGGCAUAUCAGCUAAUAGUAAGUAACCCGAUUAAUAUUCAUUAAAUGAUUAUUUAUGAGGCGUUAACUAGCCACAUAAAGCCAAUUGAUUAUUUCUUAACAGGAUCCGUGACGCACCCUGCAUAUUAAUUCAUGCAUUAAGUCGCGUUAGUUAGAAAUGUUUUACAACUUUAUUAAAAAGUGUACACCUGAAAUCCCAAAACAGAGAAUCUGCAGCAGUCAGAUGCCUCCAAUCACGGCUGAAUCCAUAUUAUAGUUUUAAAAUAAAACGUGCAGGAUUCAUAAAGAUCUGCUAAUAAAAAACACAGAAGGGUCCUAUUAAACAAAUACAAAUGACAGCGUGUAAAAUCUGCACACUUUUUAUUGUACUUAACUAAAACUGGAUAAAAAAAAAACCCACUUAGUUCACUAUUAUAACCUUGGUCAGCAGCCAUCUUCAAAUGUAAUUGCGGACUUGGAGUCGAGCAAAAAGGAAAGAUUUUAAUAGCUUGAAGAAAUAAACCUGUUUUAUGUGACUUUAUUAUUAUCUCACAUCAUUAUUUUGGUCCGCUCUUCUUCACAAUGUUCAUCAGCAUACAUUUGUUUAUGCUGAGCUCUCUGAAGUUUGUGGUUUGGACUUUGACAGGAGCAUUGCUACACCUUGACUUUUUUUUUUUUUUUUAGUCAUUCUGCUGUGCUCGGGAUCAUUGUCCUAUUGCAUAAUUCAAUCUGUCCCAAGCCGAGCUACUGGUCUCACAUUUGACUCUAGAA